GGUGUUGAAAUUGUUCUUGGAUAUCGCAAGCGACGCUCGCUCACAGUUUGCUCUCAGAGUUUUUUACGCUAAUAAAUUGCAACGAAUUUCGCAACUAGACGACACGUUAAACUACGCAGUUUCCGCUGCUGGAAAUGAGUACGAACAUAAAGAAUCUAAAGAUGGGCCACUUCGGCGGCGGCGGCGCUGGCUUCAGCAUGUCAGCUGGCAAAUUGCUUGCAAACAAUAACACCAACGGCACCAGCGGGACAGGCGGUGGCGCAGGUGCGGUCGGCGCUGCCGGCUGCAGCAAAUUAGCGUCCCAUGCGACAGCCGAUCCUGACGUCUUCUUAACGCCCAGCGGUGUAAUAAUACCGCUGAUACGUAGCAGAGAUGUGCCUAAGCAGCUGCCAACGCUGACCGUCGCACUGCAGCGUCCGGCGGACGAGCAUUUGGCUGCUGAGGAUCUGGAUGCUGUGCAACUGGAGCUGGAGCUAAUGCUCUCGAAUGUGGCGUUGCGUGCGCGCGUUUUAAAGGCUGAAUACGAUAGCUUGGACAAGGAUGAGAAGCGUCAGGAUCGUCGAAAAUUUGAGCGCAUGGCGCCCUGCUCACCGCCCACAAAUGCGGGCUUGCUCAAUGGACUGCUGGGUCUGGGCGCCAACAGCGUCGGCAACAGCAGCGGCAUUGGCAGCCCGGCGACAGCGAGCAACUCGAAGAGGAAACUGCGUGAUGAACCAACGGGCGUGCGUAAAAAACAUUCAUCCAUGACGAUAGUCAAGCAGCAGCAACAGCUGCAGGGCUCCAAGCACAUGGCCAAGAACAGUCCACUGGCUGUGCACACGGACGACAGCAUGGACUAUGUAUCGCUGCCGGCCAUCCAACAGCAGCAGCAGCAGCAGCAGCAGCAGCAACAACAGCAACAACAACAAUCACAAUCACAACAGAUGAUACUGCCUAAGGUGGCGAUGCCUAAAAACGAUAUGCCAAACAAGUUUUGGCUAUCGGUUGAGCCUUAUUGCAUGCCACUGACCAAUGAGGAUUUGCGACUGAUUGAUGAUCUACUAGAGCAAUAUCGUGGACCAUUAGUGCCGCCGGUACCCACGCUGGGACCGCACUACUCCACAGUUUGGGCGCAGGAGGAUAUGAAGACGUUGCAGCCGGGCGGUGCACGUCAGAAAUCCCAAAAUGCCAGCGCCAUGCUGAAAAAGGGGGAAAGUAUGCUGGAGGAGAGCAUAACGGGGCCGCUCACACAACGUCUCGUCUCGGCGUUAAUGGACGAAUCGCUGCCCAGCGAACAGGCGGCGGUUGGCGAGCACAGCAAUAGCAGCAGCAACGAAAACACACACUCCUCAUCCACCAGCAAUGCAGCGGGGGGCGGCGCAGUUGCCACGGGCAACUUCCGUUCGCUGGCCAUGCUCAAGCACGGCGUGGGCAUUGAGCAGCGACUGAAAAAGGAGCUGGUGGAGAGCGGACUGAUCGAUGCCAGCGAACUGGCCGCCCACGAGAAUGUGGACGAGGUGCUGCUGGAAAUAAAGCGCGUCACCGCCGAAAUAAAUAGCGUGGCGCAAUUCAACAGCGACGAACUGAAACGACUGCGUGCCGCCGCCAGCGAGGAGAUAAAACGAAUCGAACUGAAACGUAAACUGGAUACAAUCGAUCAGGAAAUCCUUGAGUGCUACAAACGUAUGCUGCAGUAUCGUGCCAAGCGAAAGGGCCAUACCAUCGAGGAGAAGCAGGAGAUAUUGCGUUUAACCAGCGAACAGCGUGCGCUCGCCGAGCAGCUGGAGCGCAUGCAGUUACUGGGCGCCGGCGAUGGGAAAUUGUAGGACAGGAGCUUGGCCUGGGGCUGGCGCCAGUUAAUGGCACUGCAUCGGGCGGCGCUGCUGUUGCAGCAGUGGGAGCGGCAUAGCGUUUGGAACGAUAUCAGUUUACAAUUGCAAUGUGUAUAAAAAGCAAAUAUAUAUAUAUA